UGUGCCACAACAAUGUUUGUUUGCAUUUAGAUUUGCAUUUUAUUUUUCAAUAUAGGUACUAUCCCGCAUGCCUUCUGAGUUUUGCAUUUCAGUUAAAUUUUAGCUUUUACAAUGCAGCUAUAAUCCAAACGCAUAAGAAUACAAGACACAUUACAUAAUAAUCUCCUCAUCAAACAUUGAACUAUGAUCAAUACAUCCAAUAGUAACCUCUAUGGGAAUAACACCAUCCAGAGAAAGCAGACUACAGGGGGACGCUUGUGACCUCUUCCAUUUACAAAAUGGUAAACCAGUGGGUACUUCUGUCCGUCUACGUUUUUUCAUUUCUGAUCGGACUACCAGCCAAUCUUCUGGCCAUCUGCACGUUCUAUAAGAAACUGAAAGACAAACCCAGUCCGAAUGACGUUCUGCUCUUCAACCUGACAGUUUCUGAUCUCCUCUUCCUUAUCUUCCUGCCCUUCAAGAUGUACGAGGCCGCCCGGGGCAUGAAGUGGUACCUACCGCUGACCGUGUGUUCUAUUUCUUCCUAUGUAUUUUUUACUACGAUUUACACCAGCUCUCUGUUGCUCAUGGCCAUCGGCGUGAACCGAUAUUUAGGCCUGGCCUUUCCUUUCAAAUACAGACAGAGACGCAGGCCGAAAUACGCCACGGCCGGCAGCGUUCUCAUCUGGAUCAUCUCUGCCUCUCACUGCAGCAUCGUAUUUAUCACUGUCCACAUGAAAGAUACCAACGGCACCGCGAAUGCCACCGUGAACGGCACCACUCGAAAAAACGUCUGCUACGAGGAAUUCACAGAUGAGCAGAAAAAUUUUUUGUUGCCGAUGCGUCUUGAGUUGUUCGUGGUUCUGUUCAUAGUGCCUCUCGUGGUUUGUGUCUUCUGUUAUAUCAACUGUAUCUACAUUCUGCACACCAGACCUCACAUAACCAAAGAGAAGAAGCAGAGAGCCAUUGCCAUGGCUUUGUGCACGCUGAGUAUUUUUCUGCUGUGUUUUUUACCGUAUAACACCUCUCAUCUGAUUGGGUACAGCAGCAACAAAAGUCCGGAGUGGAGAUACUACACGCUCCUGCUCAGCACCCUCAACACAUGUCUGGAUCCCAUCAUCUUCUACUUCUCCUCCUCAACCUUCCGUGAUAAAACCAGAAUGUCUUUUUUGAAGGUGAUCCAUAUUAGACAAUGGAAACCCAAAGAGACAACGGCUGAGAUGAGCAACGUCACAAAUUGUUAUCCAAAAAACACUUCUUAA